AAAAGGCCGCGCUUGAAUUUCGAGUAAAACGGAAAUUCCGACACCCGUCUUUACCUGCGAUGGCAUCCAUUGCUAGCCCUUCCCCUGCUCACCUCCUUUCUCCCUUCCUUCCCCUUCCGUCUCUUUCCUGGACCAGCCCUUCCGUCAUCCCUCCGACCCUAGCUCUCGCCCGUUCGCUCGCCGUCAGGAUAUCAGGCCGCUCUGUGGAGUCCCCGCAUGGGGUCCAUUUUGGGCAUUCCAAGUGGAGAAUUGCAUAUCGAACGGUGGAGGACAGCGACCUUGAAGGCGAGGGGAAAGAUUUUAUCUUCGACCAGGCGGUCUUUUUGUUCAACUCCGGCGAUUACUAUGCCUGCCACGACGUUCUGGAAGCUAUCUGGAACGAUGCGCAGGAGCCCAUCCGAACUAUCAUCCAUGGGAUUCUUCAGUGUGCCGUCGGAUUCCACCAUCUGUUUAACCAGAACCAUAGGGGAGCUAUGAUGGAGCUUGGAGAGGGCUUAUGUAAGCUUCAAAAAAUGAACUUCAGUAAUGGACCAUUUUAUCAAUUUGAGCAAGAGAUUUCUGAAGUUCAAAAUUUCAUAUAUAAGACUCAGUUAGAACUAGCUACUUGUAUGGACGAUUCCUCCUUGACAAUGGAUGAUUUAAAGAGAUCUUACCAACCGCUGGGCAGCUUUGGCACAAGGCCAGAACUGUAUGUUCUAGAAGGCAAUGCUGAUGGCACCUUCUACAUAAGUUUUGAUCCCAAGGGAUUAUACAUCUCAAGCACGCCUUCUCGUGUGAAGGUGCCCAUUCUCAAAGCAACAAAAGCACAUUUAAUUGCAUGGGAAUGUGAAUGAUUUGUGUCAUUUGGUCCCACCACAAUUCAACAUGUUAAGUUGUCAUUCCCUUCAGAUGAACAUGCCAGACGAUGGGGUUUUGCUGAUGCUUGCUUCUCUAUCUGUAUUGUGACUUUAGUGUACAAUCUGGUGAACAAUGGUUGCUUUCCAUCUAUUAGGUAGAAAAAUCAUGUGAUGGAAGCUUACAUAAAACAAUUAAGUUGAAUGUGCUGAGAAUGAGCUCUAGGCUAACUAUUCCAUGACUUCAAAUGUAUCCAAGUGGGAAACACAAAUUAUUUCAUGUUAUAGGGCCUAAAAGAGCCAUCAUAAGUUUAUAACAUGAACUGCCCUAUAAACACUCAAACGUUUCCAAUUUUCUAUUUUCUUAUUUUAAUUCCAUUCUAACUAUUUUUAAAUCAUUUUUCAA